AUGACUCCCAACAGCCUCUUCACCUCUUUUCUGGCGCUCUUAAUUGCCAGCACCACCGCAGUCGACCAAACCGUGAACCCAGGUCUCAAUGCAAAACUUAAGACGGAGGCCACUGAAAUCGAUAAACAUAACAAUGAUCUGAACACGGACGAUGCCUGGAUCUUCGACUUCAACGAGCGGCCCAAUUAUACCUUUAAGCCUGGCUCUGUCGUCAAUGCCAACGCUGCUACUUUCCCAACCCUCACGGGGUUCGGCAUGACGAUGGCGAUGUUAAAUCUUGGACCGUGUGCCAUGUUGCCACCGCACAUGCAUUCGCGUGCCACCAACCUUGUUGUGGCAAUUUCUGGCAGUACCUCAACUUAUAUGUAUAGAGAGAAUGGAGUCAAGUUGGUUAAGGCGGACUUGACACCUGGGAAAAUGACGAUCUUCCCUCAGGGAAGUUUGCAUACUAUGCAGAAUAAUGGCUGCGAUAAUGCUGUCCUUGUCAGCGCUCUCAAUUCAGAAGAUACGGGCACCACCAACAUCCUCAACGGCGCACUCCGCAACUUCCCCGAGGAUCUUAUGAAGGCUGCCUUCGGUGACGCGAGUCUGGACAUUGCUAAGCUGGGCAAGAACAUUCCUGAGGUUGGCACUGGUAGCGUUCUGGGUAGCGCCGAGUGUAUGCAGAAGUGUAAGAUGACUGUUGGGCGCAGUUAUAAGCGUGGGUACAAGUUCGUGACCUAA